CAGAAACCCACACCAGACUCAUCUUCUUCAACUCUUCCAGGAAUCAUCCCCCAAAUUCUCCUUUAUUCAUCAACAAUUUCACUUCUUCUCUUUGGAUUUCUUAUAUGAUUGCAUCCUCCAUCCUCCAUCCUGACCUGCUUUAAUCACCAGUGAUGGUUGCAUCGAUUGUCUGUUAAAUUUGGAACAGAAACACGAGUCCUUCAGAUCGUUGACUGGAGAAGAUUGAAGGCGAAGCUGUUCUUAAAUCUAUAGGCGAAGAAGGUCUGCAAUUUAGACUCCCAACACCUGUUUGUAAAAAGCCCUCAAAGAAAGAUCUCAAAUGAACAACCUAAAGCUAGGAGUCGAGGUCGCAAGUGCCCAUGACCUGAUGGCGAAAGAUGGUCAGGGUUCCGCUAGCCCAUACGUUGAGCUUCACUUUGAUCAUCAAAAGUUCCGAACCACGGUCAAAGAAAAGGAUUUGGAUCCUUAUUGGAACGAAACUUUCUAUUUCACUAUCUCGGAUCCGAAGAACCUAGCGAACCUUACACUUGAUGCAUAUAUCUACAACAAUGCCAAAGGAAACAACACGAAAUCCUUCAUGGGUAAGGUUCAUAUCCAUGGAACAUCAUUCGUACCUUAUUCGGAUGCUGUUGUUUUCCAUUACCCUUUAGAGAAAAGAAGCAUUUUCUCACGAGUAAAAGGCGAGCUCGGCCUUAAAGUGUUUGUCACCGACAAUCCUUCGAUCCGGUCCUCGAAUCCGCUUCCUCAGAUGGAUACUCAUUCACAUGGCCGAAACGAAACUAAGGAUUCAAGACGAACAUUUCACCAUUUGCCAAACUCGAACUCAAACUUCCAUCAGCCUCAGUUUCCUGCACAGCAACCGUACAUAGCAACCGGGAGCCAGCCACAACCGUAUGCAUAUGGACUCGAGGACAUGAGAAGUCAAAAUCAAAAUCAAAAUCAAAGUCAAAGUCAACCAAGGGUCGUGCGAAUGUACUCAGGAUCUUCAUCACAACCGCUUGAAUAUGCUCUCAAAGAAACAAGCCCGGUUCUUGGAGGUGGGCAAGUGAUCGGGGGUAGAGUUGUGAGCGGAGAUAACAGGAGGGCCAGCACUUACGAUCUCGUGGAGCAAAUGCAGUUUCUUUUCGUUAGAGUCGUGAAAGCACAAGAUCUUCCAAGUAUGGACGUGACCGGAAGUCUCGACCCAUAUGUCGAAGUUAGAGUCGGGAACUAUAAAGGAGUCACACAACACUUCUCGAAAACAUCGAACCCAGAAUGGAACGUGGUUUUCGCCUUCUCGAGAGAAAGAAUGCAAGCAACGGUUUUGGAUGUUGUGGUUAAGGAUAAAGACACGUUAAAAGACGAUUUUGUUGGGAUCGUUCGUGUGAAUCUUCACGAUAUUCCUACACGGGUCCCGCCAGAUAGCCCGUUGGCUCCGGAAUGGUAUCGCAUCGAGGACAAAAAGGGUGAGAAAAAGAAAGGGGAACUGAUGCUUGCUGUCUGGAUGGGGACGCAAGCUGAUGAAGCCUUUCCCGAUGCUUUUCUUGCCGAUGCUGCAAUGAGCAGUGUCGAUGGCUCGGUCUCUUCAAUGUAUACUCGAUCAAAAGUCUACCACUCUCCUAGACUUUGGUACGUUCGUGUUAAUGUGAUCGAGGUACAAGAUCUUGUUUGGGGAGAAAAAACGCGUUUCCCAGAUGUUUACGUGAAAGUGCAGAUCAAUAACCAAGUUUUGAGAACGAGACCGGUCCAAGCGAGAAGCGGAAACGCGUUAUGGAAUGAAGAGAUGAUGCUUGUAGCUGCAGAGCCAUUCGAAGAUCAUUUGAUCCUUACGAUAGAAGAUCGGAUGGGACCCAACAAAGAUGAGGCCUUAGGGAAAGUUUUUAUACCGUUGAAUGCUGUUGAAAGGCGAGCAGAUGAUCGGGUUAUUCAUCCCCGAUGGUUUAACCUUCAGGAUCCGAGUGAUCACGAUGUUGACGAGAAGAAGAAAGACCACAAGUUUGCAACUCGGCUACAUCUUCGUGUUUGUCUUGACGGAGGAUAUCAUGUGCUCGAUGAGUCGACUCAGUAUAGCAGCGAUCUCAGGCCGACUGCAAAACAGCUCUGGAAGCCAUCGAUCGGAAUACUCGAACUCGGGAUCUUGAAUGCGAGUGCUCUUCUCCCGAUGAAAACCCGGGAGAGUAGGGGAACGACGGAUGCAUAUUGUGUAGCAAAAUACGGUCACAAAUGGGUUCGAACACGGACAGUUCCCGACAGUUCUGCUCCGAAAUUCAAUGAGCAGUACACUUGGGAAGUUUAUGACCCGGCCACAGUUCUAACUGUGGGCGUUUUUGACAAUUCUCAGCUUGAGAACGACUCAGGUAACAAUCCGAAAGAUGUUCGAAUUGGGAAAAUUCGUAUCAGAAUAUCGACCCUUGAAACGGGCCGAGUUUACACGCACUCGUACCCAUUACUACUCCUUCAGCCUUCAGGUGUCAAGAAGAUGGGAGAACUGCAUUUGGCUAUUCGGUUUUCGAGUACUUCCAUGAUGAAUAUGAUGUAUAUGUACUCGAGACCCCUCUUGCCAAAAAUGCACUAUGUGCGGCCGUUGACGGUUGUCCAGCUCGAAAUGCUUCGCCACCAAGCUGUUGGCAUAGUGGCUGCUCGGCUCAGUCGAGCGGAACCGCCGCUAAGGAGAGAAAUCGUCGAGUAUAUGACCGAUGCCAAUUCGCAUCUAUGGAGCAUGAGGCGAAGCAAAGCUAACUUUUUCCGGCUAAUGUCGGUUUUCAAUGGGGUGUUUGCGGUAAGUAAAUGGUUCGGGGAAGUUUGUUUAUGGAAAAAUCCGAUCACAACAGUGCUUGUUCAUGUCCUCUUCGUGAUGCUCGUUUCGUUCCCGGAACUCAUUCUGCCCACAGUUUUUCUCUACAUGUUCCUUAUUGGGCUUUGGAACUACUGGUUCCGAGCCCAAUACCCUCCUCAUAUGAACACUCGGUUAUCGUAUGCUGAUGCGGUCAACCCCGAUGAGCUCGACGAGGAAUUCGACACGUUCCCGACGUCUCGGAACCCGGACCUCAUCAGGCACCGGUACGACCGUUUACGGAGCGUUGCAGGCCGGAUCCAGUCGGUGGUUGGUGACAUAGCGAGCCAAGGGGAACGAGUACAGGGGCUCCUGAGCUGGCGCGAUCCACGGGCCACGCUUAUAUUCAUGAUGUUUUGUCUCGUGGCUGCAUUUGUGUUAUACGCUACCCCUUUUCAGGUGCUGGUGACGGUGGCUGGAUUUUACGUCAUGAGACACCCGAGGUUUCGUCAUAGGUUGCCAUCUGCAGCACUGAACUUAUUCCGGAGGCUGCCAGCCCGUACCGACAUCAUGUUGUGAGUAAGCCUCUACGGUUUCGGUUCACAAAUUUUCUUUUUGCUUCUGUAUGCAUAUAUAUAUAUAUAUGGUUUCUGUGUCUGUUUUGCUGACCUCUGUGCUUGUGAAAGCAUAGAAGAACAGUUGGAUUGUUGAAAAACUUGAAAUUUGGAGGUGUUAAUGACUGAAAAUAUGUUGGUAUGGCUUCUAAUUGCAAGUAGAGGAUGGUUUUGUA